GUUUUUUUCUGUAUAUAAUUGCAAUGGCUUGUAUCACAGGGGAUGAAACUGGCUUAUUGAAAGUCUGGAACAUCGCGAACAGUAGUGGAGCGACUUUGGCUUAUUCCUAUGGAGAGCAAAAUCGUAAAAGAGGGAUUAUGGGAAUGUGUUGGGUCGGUAGUUCGACAUCAUUAGUUGCUUUCUCAACUCAAGAUUCUGCUCUAACCCUUCUUGACACAAAUCAGGGACGAAAGAUCAGAUCACAAAAUAUUGAGCAUGUUUCUGCUUUACCCAAUGCUAUGUCAUUUGUUAAAGGUAAAUUGAUUAUGGUGACCAAUGAUGCAUCUAUUCUGAUUACGAACCCUGAGUUAGAGUCACCAAGCAUUUUUAAAGCAAACGGCCCUGUUGAUGCGGUUCACAUUCAUAGAAAGUAUGGAAUGGUUGCGAUAGGGGGUAAAGAGAAUGAGUUGUGCGUUUAUGAUUUAGGAGCCGAUUCUAGUCCUUCUCUUGUCUUUAAGGGUUGCAAUGUACGCGAUCAUAUUCUAGAUGUUCCCUACCCGACUUUUAUUACAGGUACAUGUGUCAUCAAUCCCUUCGUGUUUUCUACCUGUACUGCAUAUUAUCAAGUUCGUUUUUACGAUCGUCGCUCUAGCACAAAACCUGUACAGGAGUUUGAAAUUAACAGAGAAAUUGAAAGACGCCCAACAAGGAUGCUUCAAUGGAAUUCAAACAAAUUUCUCAUUGGUGAAGCUAGCGGUGAUGUUCAUCUAUAUGACACUCGAAGAGGGUUUACUUCAAGAGCGAAACUUCGUGGUGGGGUCGGGAGCGUUCGAAGUAUGACCAAGCACCCGGCAGGACAUCAAUUGUUAGGUGUGGCAGGACUAGACAGGAAGGCUAGAGUGUACCAUGUUCCUACAGGAAAGUUGUUACUUUCCAUCUAUACCAAGCAGAGGGUUAAUUGCAUUCUCUUUGAUAAUCAGCUUCCUCUAUGCGAUAACGUUGUUUCGUAUAGUAGGAUUGUGAACACUAAGCAGCCAGAGAGAGCCGCUACGUUAGGUGAAGAUGUGUGGGAUGACAUGGACCCAGUAAUUGAUGAGCUUGACGAUGGUGUUUCUUGUGGCUAAAUGUCACCAUCUGGAAAGUGGAAGAGUCAACCCUAGUCUUUCUGUUUUUAUACUGUAAAUACUGAUACUAAUAAUAAAUUGCUAACUAUUAUUUAACACUAAACGGCGAAUAAACUGAAAUUGUCUUCAUUUUUUGUUAUUAAUGA